AUGUCUCUAUUUGUUCUGGUCCUGGGCGCCAACGGUACCCUGGGCGUUGCUGUAACCUGCAAGCUUCUCCUCGAAGGGUUCUCUGUGCAUGCACAGGUGCGCGAUCGCGCGGAUACCGGGUCUUUGGAUGCGCUUCUUGAAGAUGCGGAAAGGGCCCCCGCCUCCACUGCUUCCUGCUACAAGAGGCUGCGCAUCAUACGUGGAGACCCGUCUGCAGACCAGUUCUGGCUUACCUAUGAGCGUUUACUGGGUGAGUUGGGUAUUGCGUGCUCAAGCCUGGACGAGGCCGAGGCAUGGUAUGCAGGCACCAGCCGUCCAUCACCUGCACAGCAGCGUGGCAAGGGCAUUCUCAUUGCUGUUGUCACCUGUACAGGAGCCCUUGCAUGCCGCUCUGUGGGGGAGACGACACCGCAGGACAUACUGGAUGCCAUUUCUGCGCACGUCCUGCCUAUGCAGCAAAGCCUCCGGUAUCUCCCCACUCUUUCGGGGAACAGGUACUGCUGUUAUGUGGCCGUCGGCUCUGAUCCCCUUAGUUGGGAAGGAACCGUCGACUGCUGCCCGUACUGUGUGGCCAAGUUUGCUCUCCGUGGCCUGGUGGACUGUGCUCGACAUGACUUACCGCAUGCACACGUAGAGGAAAUAUACCCUGGCAACUUUUUGUCCGGCCUCUGGGAAAAGGGUGGCAUUGACUGCCCAUUCGUCGAGACCACGGCCGAGCAGGUGGCGGAAGAUAUCUUCAAUGUCGUAGAUACUCACCUAACGAGGAUACGAACGAAACUGACGCUCUCGAGUGCGCCUAAGGUAUGA